AUGGAUGUACACAAAAUUCUCCUUGGGCACUUGGACGAAUUGGAAUCUGAGGAGAUGAAAACUUUUACAUGGCAUUUGACUCAAGGUGUAAAAGACUUCAAAAUCGCUAAAAGUCGACUGGAGAAGAAAUCAAGGUGUGAAGUUUUGGAGUGCUUGAUUGAAUAUUAUCAUCCAGAUGGUGCUGCUCAAUUCACUCAGAUCAUCUUGGAAAAAAUGAAAAAGAACAAUCUUGCAAAACAACUGCAGGAGAAGCUUCAUGUCAAUGGUGCUGAGUUUGUGGAGAAGCACAGAACAGACUUGAUCAACAGAGUUUCUCUGGUGGAGCCCAUUGCAGAUGACCUGAAAGCUCUGAUUGGUGAUGAGAAAUAUGCAAUCAUCUUACAAUCAGAAACAUCCCAUAAGAAAAUGAGAAAGCUUCUGUCUUUCCUGACAACACCUACACUGAAAGAGAAACUUUACCAAAGCCUUUUAAAAAAUGAGCCCUACCUUGUAGAUGAUUUGGAAAAUUCUGCAUAA